AUGGUAAUCAAACUAAUGUUGUUAUGCACAUGUGUCUUUGUAGAAAAUGCCCUGCGUAGCCUGUUGGAGGCGCUGACGAGUCCUCCCUACGCUCCCAUGCAGCACCUGGAGAGAGAGCAGGCCCUGGCCAAACAGUUCGCUGAGAUACUCCACUUUACCCUCAGCUUCGACGAACUAAAAGUGAGGAGGAGAGGAGGGAGGGAGGGAGGGUAGGAGAGGAGGGAGGGAGGGAGGGAGGGAGGGAGGGAGGGAGGGAUGGGAGGGAGGGAGGAAGGGAGGGAGGGAGGGUGGGAGUAAUCUCGGUUAACCCACAACUAAAAUCUUGCGUAAUUUGGUCAGAUACCAUUUAUGUUUCCAUAAUAUUAGGGAUUAUUUUACAUUUACAUUAUUUAGCAGACGCUCUUAUCCAGAGCAAUUAGGGUUAAGUGCCUUGCUCAAGGGCACAUCGACAGAUUUUUCACCUAGUUGGCUCGGGGAUUAGAACCAGCGACCUUUCGGUUACUGGCACAACGCUCUUAACCACUAAGCUACCGAUUAUCCCUUACCUAUACCCUUGUUUUACCUACAGUGCCUUGCAAAAGUAUUCAAUCCCCCUUGGCGUUUUUCCUAUUUUGUUGCAGUACAACCUGUAAUUUAAAUGGAUUUUUAUUUGGAUUUCAUGUAAUGGACAUACACAAAAUAGUCCAAAUUGGUGAAGUGAAAUGAAAAAAAUAACUUGUUUCAAAAAAUUCUAAAACAUAAAUAACGGAAAAGUGGUGCGUGCAUAUGUAUUCACCCCCUUUGCUAUGAAGCCCCUAAAUAAGAUCUGGUGCAACCAAUUACCUUCAGGAGUCACAUAAUUAGUUAAAUAAAGUCCAUCCUGUUUGCAAUCUAAGUGUCACAUGAUCUGUCACAUGAUCUCAGUAUAUAUACACCUGUUCUGAAAGGCCCCAGAGUCUGCAACACCACUAAGCAAGCGGCACCACCAAGCAAGCGGCACCAUGAAGACCAAGGAGCUCUCCAAACAGGUCAUGGACAAAGUUGUGGAGAAGUACAGAUCAGGGUUGGGUUAUAAAAAAAUAUCCGAAACUUUGAACAUCCCACGGAGCACCAUUAAAUCCAUUAUAAAAAAAUUGAAAGAAUAUGGCACCACAACAAACCUGCCAAGAGAGGGCCACCCACCAAAAUUCACGGACCAGGCAAGGAGGGCAUUAAUCAGAGAGGCAACAAAGAGACCAAAGAUAACCCUGAAGGAGCUGCAAAGCUCCACAGCGGAGAUUGGAGUAUCUGUCCAUAGGACCACUUUAAGCCGUACACUCCACAGAGCUGGGCUUUACAGAAGAGUGGCCAGAAAAAAGCCAUUGCUUAAAGAAAAAAUAAGCAAACACGUUUGGUGUUCGCCAAAAGCCAUGCGGGAGACUCCCCAAACAUAUGGAAGAAGGUACUGUGGUCAGAUGAGACUAAAAUUUAGCUUUUUUGCCAUCAAGGAAAACGCUAUAUCUGGCGCAAACCCAACACCUCUCAUCACCCCGAGAACACCAUCCCCACAGUGAAGCUUGGUGGUGGCAGCAUCAUGCUGUGGGGAUGUUUUCCAUCGGCAGGGACUGGGAAACUGGUCAGAAUUGAAGAAAUUAUGGUGCUAAAUACAGGGAAAUUCUUGAGGGAAACCCGUUUCAGUCUUCCAGAGAUUUGAGACUGGGACGGAGGUUCACCUUCCAGCAGGACAAUGACCCUAAGCAUACUGCUAAAGCAACACUUGAGUGGUUUAAGGGGAAACAUUUAAAUGUCUUGGAAUGGCCUAGUCAAAGCCCAGACCUCAAUCCAAUUGAGAAUCUGUGGUAUGACUUAAAGAUUGCUGUACACCAGCGGAACCCAUCCAACUUGAAGGAGCUGGAGCAGUUUUGCCUUGAAGAAUAGGCAAAAAUCCCAGUGGCUAGAUGUGCCAAGUUUAUAGAGAAAUACCCCAAGAGACUUGCAGCUGUAAUUGCUGCAAAAGGUGGCUCUACAAAGUAUUGACUUUGGGGGGGGGGGGGGGGGGGGUGACAUAGUUAUGCACGCUCAAGUUUUCAGUUUUUUUGUCUUAUUGUCUUGUUUUGGUUCACAAUAAAAAUAUGUUGCUUCUUCACAGUGUUGGCAUUUUGAGUAAAUUAUACAAACCCCCCAAAAAAUCGAUUUAAUUCCAGGUUGUAACGCAACACAAAUAGGACAAAUGCAAUGGGGGGUGAAUAACUUUCGCAAUACUUCUAUACCCCCUCGUCUUACCCUAGACCCUCUUCUAUACCCUAUUCUAUGUCCUGUUGUGUUGUGAAUGACCAGACAGACCUGAAGAUUGGGAUUUGUACCUUCAGUGGGACACUAGGUCAUCUUUGGAGUCUAAAGUACUGUGUUUUCACUGCACUGAUUCUAGCCACUGUCUCUCUCUCUCGCCCGCUAACCCAGUUACACCUCCCAAAUACUCUCACGCGUCAGGGAACAGAGACAACUAAAGACCACCUCCCCCUCAGAGCCCUCGAUCCCGCCCGAAAACAAAAGAAGUAACCGCAAUUCCGUCCAAGCGGGAACUGGCAAACACCCAAGUAAUCGGACCAGCCCUCCCCCACAUUCAUGCAUCCCCUCCCAGCCACCUCUCCCCUCGCCUCUCCUCUUCCCCCAUCUCUCUCCCCAUCUCCCUCUCUCCCACCCCUCCCCCUCUCUCCCUCCCCUCCCCUUCUCUCCCUCCCCUCCCCUUCUCUCCUCCCCUCCCGCUCUCCCUCCCCUCCAUCUCUCUCUCCAGAUGACAAACCCAGCCAUUCAGAAUGACUUCAGCUACUACAGGAGGACCAUCAGUAGGAACAGGCUGAACAACCAGCAGGUAAGACCAUUAGUAGGAACAGGCUGAACAACCAGCAGGUAAGGCCAUUAGUAGGAACAGGCUGAACAACCAGCAGGUAAGAACAGGCUGAACAACCAGCAGGUGAGGCCAUCAGUAGGAACAGGCUGAACAACCAGCAGGUAAGACCAUGUUGGCCUGUGCUAAAUUGGUGCCGUAACCUAGAUCACUUGGCUAAUCUGUCAGAUGUAGUGUAUUAAAGAUUAUGACUUUCUUAAUGGAACCAGAGGAUGUUUAUCUUAGUUCAAAAGUAGCCGUUUGUAGGGUGACGCCCCAGGGGAGACCGGUGAUUGGACCGCAGAGGGAGAAACCCAUAUUUUCACAUUGUUUAUAAGUAUAUGCUGGGGGCACAGGAAAGCAGAGCAGCCAUCACAAUUCGAGGACACUGCUCUCCGGGGGAUCUUGACUCCUGUAACUUAUGCUGAAGCUUGUGAUAUGAAUAAACCUUAUGAUCCAAGUUCAGUAUGAGCAGACUCCUUUGUUUAUCAGCAAUAAUUGCCAGCAUUCACCCGAUACGACACAGACAGUUGCUAGGGUAACAGUGUUCAUUGCCAACUGUUACCAUAGUCACCUGUGAAAAAGCUAAAGGCUCAAAAAAUCUACUAAUCAACACAUAGUCCAGUGUUUACUCUCUGUGUAGAUGUUGAAUGAAUUGCAGACAGGAAAAGCAUCAAAUGAAGUCACAUUCGAUGACUUGAAGAUACACAACAAGUCAAGUGGAAUCCUGAGCCAAGCAUGCAAAUGUUGCCUUGCUCUAACCAAUCUCUCUCUGCUGCAGUUGGAGGCGGAGAACGAGGUGAACAAUGAGAUGGCCAAUCGGAUGUCUUUGUUCUACGCCGAGGCCACACCCAUGCUGAAGACCCUGAGUAACGCCACCACCAAGUUUGUGUCAGAGGUCAGUCAGUCAGUCAUGACCCCUGCCCCCUAGUUCUACUUCCUCCCUUUGUGUCAGAGGUCAGUCAGAAGUCAUGACCCCUGACCCCUUGUUCUACUUCCUCCCUCUAGCUCUUACUCUUGCCCAGCUCCAGCUCCUGCCCCUUAAAACAGGAGCCUACCACAAGCCUCUACUCAAAUCUACCAGCCCAAGCCACCCUAUACCAACCCUCUACUCAAAUCUACCAGCCCAAGCCACCCUAUACCAACCCUCUACUCAAAUCUACCAGCCCAAGUCACCCUAAACCAACCCUCUACUCAAAUCUACCAGCCCAAGUCACCCUAUACCAACCCUCUACUCAAAUCUACCAGCCCAAGUCACCCUAUACCAACCCUCUACUCAAAUCUACCAGCCCAAGUCACCAUAUACCAACCCUCUACUCAAAUCUACCAGCCCAAGUCACCCUAAACCAACCCUCUACUCAAAUCUACCAGCCCAAGUCACCCUAUACCAACCCUCUACUCAAAUCUACCAGCCCAAGUCACCCUAUACCAACCUUCUACUCAAAUCUACCAGCCCAAGUCACCCUAUACCAACCCUCUACUCAAAUCUACCAGCCCAAGUCACCCUAUACCAACCCUCUACUCAAAUCUACCACCCCAAGUCACCCUAUACCAACCCUCUACUCAAAUCUACCAGCCCAAGCCACCCUAUACCAACCCUCUACUCAAAUCUACCAGCCCAAGUCACCCUAUACCAACCCUCUACUCAAAUAUACCAGCCCAAGUCACCCUAUACCAACCCUUUACUCAAAUCUACCACCCCAAGUCACCCUAUACCAACCCUCUACUAAUAGAUACCACCCCAAGUCACCCUAUACCAACCCUCUACUAAUAGAUACCAGCCCAAGUCACCCUUUACUAGUCUCUACUAAUAGAUACCACCCCAAGUCACCCUUUACUAGUCUCUACUAAUAGAUACCAGCCCAAGUCACCCUUUACUAGUCUCUACUAAUAGAUACCACCCCAAGUCACCCUUUACUAGUCUCUACUAAUAGAUACCACCCCCAAGUCACCCUAUACUAGCCUCUACUAAUAGAUACCACCCCAAGUCACCCUAUACCAAACCCUCUACUAAUAGAUACCAGCCCAAGUCACCCUUUACUAGUCUCUACUAAUAGAUACCACCCCAAGUCACCCUUUACUAGUCUCUACUAAUAGAUACCAGCCCAAGUCACCCUUUACUAGUCUCUACUAAUAGAUACCACCCCAAGUCACCCUUUACUAGUCUCUACUAAUAGAUACCACCCCAAGUCACCCUUUACUAGUCUCUACUAAUAGAUACCACCCCAAGUCACCCUUUACUAGUCUCUACUAAUAGAUACCAUCCCAAGUCACCCUAUACCAGCCUCUACUAAUAGAUACCACCCCAAGUCACCCUUUACUAGUCUCUACUAAUAGAUACCACCCCAAGUCACCCUUUACUAGUCUCUACUAAUAGAUACCAGCCCCAAGUCCACCCUUUACUAGUCUCUACUAAUAGAUACCACCCCAAGUCACCCUUUACUAGUCUCUACUAAUAGAUACCAGCCCCCAAGUCACCCUUUACUAGUCUCUAUAAUAGAUACCACCCCAAGUCACCCUUUACUAGUCUCUACUAAUAGAUACCACCCCCAAGUCACCCUUUACUAGUCUCUACUAAUAGAUACCAUGCCAAGUCACCCUUUACUAGUCUCUACUAAUAGAUACCACGCCAAGUCACCCUUUACUAGUCUCUACUAAUAGAUACCACCCCAAGUCACCCUUUACUAGUCUCUACUAAUAGAUACCACACCAAGUCACCCUUUACUAGUCUCUACUAAUAGAUACCAGCCCAAGUCACCCUUUACUAGUCUCUACUAAUAGAUACCACGCCAAGUCACCCUUUACUAGUCUCUACUAAUAGAUACCACCCCAAGUCACCCUUUACUAGUCUCUACUAAUAGAUACCACCCCAAGUCACCCUAUACCAACCCUCUACUCAAAUCUACCAGCCCAAGUCACCCUAUACCAACCCUCUACUCAAAUCUACCAGCCCAAGUCACCCUAUACCAACCCUCUACUCAAAUCUACCACCCCCAAGUCACCCUAUACCAACCCUCUACUCAAAUCUACCAGCCCAAGCCACCCUAUACCAACCUCUACUCAAAUCUACCAGCCCAAGUCACCCUAUACCAACCCUCUACUCAAAUCUACCAGCCCAAGUCACCCUAUACCAACCCUCUACUCAAAUCUACCAGCCCAAGUCACCCUAUACCAACCCUCUACUCAAAUCUACCAGCCCAAGUCACCCUAUACCAACCCUCUACUCAAAUCUACCACCCCAAGUCACCCUAUACCAACCCUCUACUCAAAUCUACCAGCCCAAGCCACCCUAUACCAACCCUCUACUCAAAUCUACCAGCCCAAGUCACCCUAUACCAACCCUCUACUCAAAUAUACCAGCCCAAGUCACCCUAUACCAACCCUUUACUCAAAUCUACCACCCCAAGUCACCCUAUACCAACCCUCUACUAAUAGAUACCACCCCAAGUCACCCUAUACCAACCCUCUACUAAUAGAUACCAGCCCAAGUCACCCUUUACUAGUCUCUACUAAUAGAUACCACCCCAAGUCACCCUUUACUAGUCUCUACUAAUAGAUACCAGCCCAAGUCACCCUUUACUAGUCUCUACUAAUAGAUACCACCCCAAGUCACCCUUUACUAGUCUCUACUAAUAGAUACCACCCCAAGUCACCCUAUACUAGCCUCUACUAAUAGAUACCACCCCAAGUCACCCUAUACCAACCCUCUACUAAUAGAUACCAGCCCAAGUCACCCUUUACUAGUCUCUACUAAUAGAUACCACCCCAAGUCACCCUUUACUAGUCUCUACUAAUAGAUACCACCCCAAGUCACCCUUUACUAGUCUCUACUAAUAGAUACCACCCCAAGUCACCCUUUACUAGUCUCUACUAAUAGAUACCACCCCAAGUCACCCUUUACUAGUCUCUACUAAUAGAUACCACCCCAAGUCACCCUUUACUAGUCUCUACUAAUAGAUACCAUCCCAAGUCACCCUAUACCAGCCUCUACUAAUAGAUACCACCCCAAGUCACCCUUUACUAGUCUCUACUAAUAGAUACCACCCCAAGUCACCCUUUACUAGUCUCUACUAAUAGAUACCAGCCCAAGUCACCCUUUACUAGUCUCUACUAAUAGAUACCACCCCAAGUCACCCUUUACUAGUCUCUACUAAUAGAUACCAGCCCCAAGUCACCCUUUACUAGUCUCUACUAAUAGAUACCACCCCAAGUCACCCUUUACUAGUCUCUACUAAUAGAUACCACCCCAAGUCACCCUUUACUAGUCUCUACUAAUAGAUACCAUGCCAAGUCACCCUUUACUAGUCUCUACUAAUAGAUACCACGCCAAGUCACCCUUUACUAGUCUCUACUAAUAGAUACCACCCCAAGUCACCCUUUACUAGUCUCUACUAAUAGAUACCACCCCAAGUCACCCUUUACUAGUCUCUACUAAUAGAUACCAGCCCAAGUCACCCUUUACUAGUCUCUACUAAUAGAUACCACGCCAAGUCACCCUUUACUAGUCUCUACUAAUAGAUACCACCCCAAGUCACCCUUUACUAGUCUCUACUAAUAGAUACCACCCCAAGUCACCCUUUACUAGUCUCUACUAAUAGAUACCAGCCCAAGUCACCCUUUACUAGUCUCUACUAAUAGAUACCACGCCAAGUCACCCUUUACUAGUCUCUACUAAUAGAUACCACCCCAAGCCACCCUAUACUAGCCUCUACUAAUAGCUACCACCCCAAGCCACCCUAUACUAGCCUCACCACACCCCAAGCCACCCUAUACUAGCCUCACCACACCCCAAGCCACCACCAGUUUGAAUGAGAUGAGGCUCGAAGACCUGCGCCACGUUCAGUAGCCAAACGUUGUUGAGCGCUGCAGAUAGAAAUGCCAUGAAUAGAGCAGACAUGUCAGAGAAGCAUGUUUGUUCUACAGUACAUAGCAUAUUUCUAUAUGAAUGUUGGCCAACGUUGUCUCUUGCUAAAUGAGCGCCUGGUUCCAUUUCAGUCUGUGGGCACUUGCAUUAGCCCAUAUCUGGCUUUCAGUUUCUGACAAUACUGACACUUUUGUCUAGUGACAUUCUAGUGACUACACCAUUACCACAGCCUGGAAAUGGGUUUCGUCCCCCCCCCAGGGGCCAGUACUGGUAUUUACUCUCUGUCCCCCCCCCCAGGGGCCAGUACUGGUAUUUACUCUCUGUCUCCCCCUGCUGUCCGUGUUGCAGAAUAAGACCUUACCCAUUGAAGACACCACAGACUGCCUGAGCACCAUGGCCUGUGUGUGUCGCGUCAUGCUGGAGACCCCGUGAGUAGACCUCUGCUCUCUUUCUCUAGUCCUGUAUUUUUCAAUCCCUCUCUCUACAUUCUUACAUUUUAGUCAUUUAGCAGACGCUCUUAUCCAGAGCGACUUACAGUUAGUGAGUGCAUACCUUUUUUAAUACAUUCUCUCCAUCUUUUACUCCACCUCUUUCUUACUGUCUCUCUGUGCUGUGUGAGUACCUCUUAUCUUUAUCUUAUUUGUUUUGUUAAAAAAAAAAUAAUAAUCCCACAAUGACUCUCCCCAUGUCAAGUCAAUUUAACUCCUGAGAAUCAACUUCUUGCUCAAAGCCAUGAGCGGACCUGUGGCCGUGACGUCUCCAAGCCAUGAGCGGGCCUGUGGCUGUGACGUCUCCAAGCCAUGAGCGGGCCUGUGACUGUGACGUCUCCAAGCCAUGAGCGGGCCUGUGACUGUGACGUCUCCAAGCCAUGAGCGGGCCUGUGGCUGUGACGUCUCCAUGCGAUGAGCGGGCCUGUGGCUGUGACGUCUCCAAGCCAUGAGCGGGCCUGUGGCUGUGACGUCUCCAAGCCAUGAGCGGGCCUGUGGCUGUGACGUCUCCAAGCCAUGAGCGGGCCUGUGGCUGUGACGUCUCCAAGCCAUGAGCGGACCUGUGGCUGUGACGUCUCCAAGCCAUGAGCGGGCCUGUGGCUGUGACGUCUCCAAGCCAUGAGCGGGCCUGUGGCUGUGACGUCUCCAAGCCAUGAGCGGGCCUGUGGCCGUGACGUCUCCAAGCCAUGAGCGGACCUGUGGCUGUGACGUCUCCAAGCCAUGAGCGGACCUGUGGCUGUGACGUCUCCAAGCCAUGAGCGGGCCUGUGGCUGUGACGUCUCCAAGCCAUGAGCGGGCCUGUGGCUGUGACGUCUCCAAGCCAUGAGCGGACCUGUGGCUGUGACGUCUCCAAGCCAUGAGCGGACCUGUGGCUGUGACGUCUCCAAGCCAUGAGCGGGCCUGUGGCGUGACGUCUCCAGCCAUGAGCGGGCCUGUGGCUGUGACGUCUCCAAGCCAUGAGCGGGACCUGUGGCUGUGACGUCUCCAAGCCAUGAGCGGACCUGUGGCUGUGACGUCUCCAAGCCAUGAGCGGACCUGUGGCUGUGACGUCUCCAAGCCAUGAGCGGGCCUGUGGCUGUGACGUCUCCAAGCCAUGAGCGGACCUGUGGCUGUGACGUCUCCAAGCCAUGAGCGGACCUGUGGCUGUGACGUCUCCAAGCCAUGAGCGGGCCUGUGGCUGUGAUGUCUCCAAGCCAUGAGCGGGCCUGUGGCUGUGACGUCUCCAAGCCAUGAGCGGGCCUGUGGCUGUGACGUCUCCAAGCCAUGAGCGGGCCUGUGGCUGUGACGUCUCCAAGCCAUGAGCGGGCCUGUGGCUGUGACGUCUCCAAGCCAUGAGCGGGCCUGUGGCUGUGACGUCUCCAAGCCAUGAGCGGGCCUGUGGCUGUGACGUCUCCAAGCCAUGAGCGGGCCUGUGGCUGUGACGUCUCCAAGCCAUGAGCGGGCCUGUGGCUGUGACGUCUCCAAGCCAUGAGCGGACCUGUGGCUGUGACGUCUCCAAGCCAUGAGCGGGCCUGUGGCGUCUCCAAGCCAUGAGCGGACCUGUGGCUGUGACGUCUCCAAGCCAUGAGCGGACCUGUGGCUGUGACGUCUCCAAGCCAUGAGCGGGCCUGUGGCUGUGACGUCUCCAAGCCAUGAGCGGGCCUGUGGCUGUGACGUCUCCAAGCCAUGAGCGGGCCUGUGGCUGUGACGUCUCCAAGCCAUGAGCGGGCCUGUGGCUGUGACGUCUCCAAGCCAUGAGCGGACCUGUGGCUGUGACGUCUCCAAGCCAUGAGCGGGCCUGUGGCUGUGACGUCUCCAAGCCAUGAGCGGACCUGUGGCUGUGACGUCUCCAAGCCAUGAGCGGGCCUGUGGCUGUGACGUCUCCAAGCCAUGAGCGGACCUGUGGCUGUGACGUCUCCAAGCCAUGAGCGGACCUGUGGCUGUGACGUCUCCAAGCCAUGAGCGGGCCUGUGGCUGUGCCGUCUCCAAGCCAUGAGCGGGCCUGUGGCUGUGACGUCUCCAAGCCAUGAGCGGGCCUGUGGCUGUGACGUCUCCAAGCCAUGAGCGGGCCUGUGGCUGUGACGUCUCCAAGCCAUGAGCGGGGCCUGUGGCUGUGACGUCUCCAAGCCAUGAGCGGACCUGUGGCUGUGACGUCUCCAAGCCAUGAGCGGGCCUGUGGCUGUGACGUCUCCAAGCCAUGAGCGGGCCUGUGGCUGUGACGUCUCCAAGCCAUGAGCGGGCCUGUGGCUGUGACGUCUCCAAGCCAUGAGCGGGCCUGUGGCCGUGACGUCUCCAAGCCAUGAGCGGGCCUGUGGCCGUGACGUCUCCAAGCCAUGAGCGGGACCUGUGGCCGUGACGUCUCCAAGCCAUGAGCGGGCCUGUGGCCGUGACGUCUCCAAGCCAUGAGCGGGCCUGUGGCCGUGACGUCUCCAAGCCAUGAGCGGGCCUGUGGCCGUGACGUCUCCAAGCCAUGAGCGGGCCUGUGGCCGUGACGUCUCCAAGCCAUGAGCGGGCCUGUGGCUGUGACGUCUCCAAGCCAUGAGCGGGCCUGUGGCUGUGACGUCUCCAAGCCAUGAGCGGGCCUGUGGCUGUGACGUCUCCAAGCCAUGAGCGGGCCUGUGGCUGUGACGUCUCCAAGCCAUGAGCGGGCCUGUGGCUGUGACGUCUCCAAGCCAUGAGCGGACCUGUGGCUGUGACGUCUCCAAGCCAUGAGCGGGCCUGUGGCUGUGACGUCUCCAAGCCAUGAGCGGACCUGUGGCUGUGACGUCUCCAAGCCAUGAGCGGGCCUGUGGCUGUGACGUCUCCAAGCCAUGAGCGGACCUGUGGCUGUGACGUCUCCAAGCCAUGAGCGGACCUGUGGCUGUGACGUCUCCAAGCCAUGAGCGGGCCUGUGGCUGUGCCGUCUCCAAGCCAUGAGCGGGCCUGUGGCUGUGACGUCUCCAAGCCAUGAGCGGGCCUGUGGCUGUGACGUCUCCAAGCCAUGAGCGGGCCUGUGGCUGUGACGUCUCCAAGCCAUGAGCGGGCCUGUGGCUGUGACGUCUCCAAGCCAUGAGCGGACCUGUGGCUGUGACGUCUCCAAGCCAUGAGCGGGCCUGUGGCUGUGACGUCUCCAAGCCAUGAGCGGGCCUGUGGCUGUGACGUCUCCAAGCCAUGAGCGGGCCUGUGGCUGUGACGUCUCCAAGCCAUGAGCGGGCCUGUGGCUGUGACGUCUCCAAGCCAUGAGCGGGCCUGUGGCCGUGACGUCUCCAAGCCAUGAGCGGACCUGUGGCCGUGACGUCUCCAAGCCAUGAGCGGGCCUGUGGCCGUGACGUCUCCAAGCCAUGAGCGGGCCUGUGGCCGUGACGUCUCCAAGCCAUGAGCGGGCCUGUGGCCGUGACGUCUCCAAGCCAUGAGCGGACCUGUGGCUGUGACGUCUCCAAGCCAUGAGCGGACCUGUGGCUGUGACGUCUCCAAGCCAUGAGCGGACCUGUGGCUGUGACGUCUCCAAGCCAUGAGCGGGCCUGUGGCUGUGACGUCUCCAAGCCAUGAGCGGGCCUGUGGCUGUGACGUCUCCAAGCCAUGAGCGGACCUGUGGCUGUGACGUCUCCAAGCCAUGAGCGGGCCUGUGGCUGUGACGUCUCCAAGCCAUGAGCGGGCCUGUGGCUGUGACGUCUCCAAGCCAUGAGCGGACCUGUGGCUGUGACGUCUCCAAGCCAUGAGCGGGCCUGUGGCUGUGACGUCUCCAAGCCAUGAGCGGGCCUGUGGCUGUGACGUCUCCAAGCCAUGAGCGGGCCUGUGGCUGUGACGUCUCCAAGCCAUGAGCGGGCCUGUGGCUGUGACGUCUCCAAGCCAUGAGCGGGCCUGUGGCUGUGACGUCUAGCCUUCUGCUAAGGCUCUUCUGAAUACUCUGGCUGAAGCGUCUCGUUUUAUUCUUCAUUUUGAGUGUUAACCUGGGUGUCCUCUGUAGCCUUGUCUACAUUGCUUGCUGCCACCAAAUGCGCCUUGGUUCAGGCAUGUCCAAAAACCUUUUUUUUUCCUGAAGGCUCUUUGCUGUUGUUGUUUUUUUUAACGUCUGAUGCAUAGGAUGUUAAUUUACUGUCCAUUCCACCCACUCUCUAGCUAGUUUAAUCCCUCCAGUCGUUUCUAGACUGAAGCUCCCUAUCUUUUUGCAUGUUGCAUGGGGCGGCAGGUAGCUUAGUGGGUAAGAGCGUUGUGCCAGUAACCAAAAGGUCGUUGGUUCUAAUCCCCGAGCCGACUAGGUGAAAAAUCUGUCGAUGUGCCCUUAAGCAAGGCACUUAACCCUAAUUGCUCCUGUAAAGUCGCUCUGGAUAAGAGCGUCUGCUAAAUGACUAAUGUAAUGUAAAUGUACAGCCCAACUUUGAAUUUUGCAUGACAAGCCAGGGGUUAUACGUUUGCUUGUUCUUGAACUGCAAAUUGCACCAGCUCCGAGCACUUCGUCGGUGGAGGCAGUGCCCCCCCCCCCAUCCCCCGGCUCCCCGUCUCCCUCUCCCGUUGAGUCUGACUCGCUAGUAGGCCUACUAGCUAGUGAAGGUACCGGUGGUGGUGCUCAACUGGCGGGAUUAGUAUCACCAUCCGUUUGCCCCUGAUGACUCUCUUCCGGCACUGACAGUUUUCUGGCUCGUUCUGGGUUCGAUUCACCAUCUUUCUCUGGAUUUUUGGACUUGAAAAAUGUCAAACUCGAUUGCCUUUUCUUAUCAAUUUUCUAUUUUGUCUUUCCCACGAUUCAAAUUCAGUAGGGAGACAACUACACUAGGCUACGUGACGUGAUUACGUAGGGACCUCUUCACUACCUGACCACCACUACCAAGACCUGUGUCAAGAUCAGUUACUUACCCCACUGGCCCGCCCCAUAACCCCUAUGUACAAAUAAGAGAGCAGGUCUGGAAUCAGUGUGGCAGGAUAGGAUGACUACAGAGAAGGAUCACCGUGCUUUUACAUGAUGGUCUUUCUGGGGGGGGCGAGAGAAAUAACUAGGAGGCAACUUGAUUUAACGCUGAUCCCUUUUAUUAGAAUGUCUAUAGUGAGAACAGUGAAAUAAUUAAUAAAUCAUGCAGCGAGAGGUACCAGAUCUGGGCAAAUAGGUGCCUGAUCUGUACUUCUCCAAGUCAAAUCUGAGAGGUGCCGGAUCCUUUUCCGGCAGGAUCCACCUCAAAUUAAGCACUGGCUUAUGUCACGUUAAGUCAUGUUAAGUUAUGUUAUGUCAUGAAAUGACCUUCAGGCCAAGUGCUGAUUCGUUUUAUUCUUUCUUUUAGCCCCUCUCUUUAUCUAUCCAUAUCCCCUGUCUCGCGCUCUGUCUCUCUCUCCAUAUCCCCUGUCUCGCGCUCUGUCUCUCUCUCCAUAUCCCCGUCUCGCGCUCUGUCUCUCUCUCCAUAUCCCCUGUCUCGCGCUCUGUCUCUCUCUCCAUAUCCCCCCUCUCGCGCUCUGUCUCUCUCCAUAUCCCCCCUCUCGCGCUCUGUCUCUCUCCAUAUCCCCUGUCUCGCUCUCUGUCUCUCUCUCCAUAUCCCCUGUCUCGCUCUCUGUCUCUCUCUCUCUAUAUCCCCGUCUCGCUCUCUGUCUCGCUCUCCAUAUCCCCUGUCUCGCUCUCCAUAUCCCCUGUCUCGCUCUCCAUAUCCCCUGUCUCGCUCUCCAUAUCCCCGUCUCGCUCUCUGUCUCUCUCUCCAUAUCCCCUGUCUCGCUCUCUGUCUCUCUCUCUCUAUAUCCCCCGUCUCGCUCUCUGUCUCGCUCUCCAUAUCCCCUGUCUCGCUCUCCAUAUCCCCGUCUCGCUCUCUGUCUCUCUCUCCAUAUCCCCGUCUCGCUCUCUGUCUCUCUCUCCAUAUCCCCGUCUCGCUCUCUGUCUCGCUCUCCAUAUCCCCUGUCUCUCUCUCCAUAUCCCCUGUCUCGCUCUCCAUAUCCCCGUCUCGCUCUCUGUCUCUCUCUCCAUAUCCCCUGUCUCGCUCUCUGUCUCUCUCUCCAUAUCCCCUGUCUCGCUCUCUGUCUCUCUCUCCAUAUCCCCUGUCUCGCUCGCUGUCUCUCUCUCUCUCUAUAUCCCCCGUCUCGCUCUCUGUCUCGCUCUCCAUAUCCCCUGUCUCUCUCUCCAUAUCCCGUCUCGCGCUCUGUCUCUCUCUCCAUAUCCCCUGUCUCGCUCUCUGUCUCUCUCUCUAUAUCCCCCGUCUCGCUCUCUGUCUCGCUCUCCAUAUCCCCCGUCUCGCUCUCUCUCUCAAUUCAAUUCAAAGGGCUUUAUUGGCAUGGGAAUCAUAUGUUAAAAUGGCCAAAUCCAGUGAAAUAGAUAAUAAACAAAAGUGAAAUAAACAAUAAAAAAUGUAACAGUAAACAUUACUCACAAAAGUGCAAAUAGUUAAAGUACAAAUGGGAAAAUAAUUAAACAUAAAUAUGGGUUGUAUUUACAAUGAUGUUUGUUCUUCACUGGUUGCCCUUUUCUUGUGGCAACAGGUCACACAUCUUGCUGCUCUGAUGGCACACUGUGGUAUUUCACCCAGUAGAUAAGGGAGUUUAUCAAAAUUGGGUUUGUUUUCAAAUUUGUGGGUCUGUGUAAUCUGAGGAAAUAUGUGUCUCUAAUAUGGUCAUACAUUUGGCAGGAAGUUAGGAAGUGCAGCUCAGUUUCCACCUCAUUUUGUGGGCAGUGUGCACAUAGCCUGUCUUCUCUUGAGAGCCAGCUCUCUCUCUCGCUCUCUCAUCAAUUUAAUUAGCAUUAUUUGCAUGAUAACUCAUUAUAAACGUAAUUAUCCAAAAGAACAUAGCGUCUUUAAGCUGAUUAACAAUCACUCUCUCUCCUCCCCCCUCCUCUCCCCCCUCUCUUUCUCUCCCCCACUCCCGUUCUCCUCCCUCUCUCUCCCCACCUCCCUCUCUCUCCCCACCUCCCUCUCUCUCCCCACCUCCCUCUCUCUCCCCACCUCUCUCUCCCCACCUCCCUCUCUCCAUAGUGAGUACCGUUGUAGGUUCACCAACACAGACACCAUGUUGUUCUGUAUGCGGGUGAUGGUGGGAGUAAUCAUCCUGUAUGACCACGUCCACCCUGUAGGAGCCUUCGCCAAGACCUCCAAAAUAGAUGUAAGACACAAAAACACACACAAAUAUCCAGGUUUUUACUUUUAUACGGCUUAAAAUGCUGAUUCUAUCUGACCACACAUGACCUUAUGUCCUCCUGUAGGGGGGUUGAGGAUCAGAGGGUAAUGACCUUUCUCUAAAGAUGUGUGUCUCUUUGGUGUGUCUGUAUCUAUCUGGUGUGUGUGUGUGUAUGUGAGUACAGAUGAAGGGCUGCAUCAAGGUGCUGAAAGAGCAGCCGUCCAACAGCGUGGAGGGACUACUGAACGCACUGAGGUGAGGAGACAUCAAGGGAGAGAAAGGGACACAGAGAGAGAGACAGAGAGACAGACAGAGACACAGAGAGACACGAGAGACACAGAGAGAGAGAGAGAGAGAGAGAGAGAGAGAGGAGAGAGAGAGAGAGAGAGGAGAGAGGGAGGAGAGGAGAGAGAGAGAGAGAGAGAGAGAGAGAGAGAGAGAGAGAGAGAGAGAGAGACACAGACAGACAGACAGACAGACAGACAGACAGACAGACAGACAGACAGACAGACAGACAGACAGACAGACAGACAGACAGACAGACACAACUACGACAACAUAACUAACAAAAACGGAUCUCAACUCCUGCAGCUCUGUUGGACGCUGGGUAUGUACAUAGUCAAUGGUAGGCUUCGAGGGGACUCCUACGGUAGGUACACAUAUAGCUCAUCUCUUGGCAGUAGUACUGCAGAUUACUUUAUCACUGACCUCAACCCAGAGUCUCUCAGAGCGUUCACGGUCAGCCCACUGACACCCCUAUCAGAUCACAGAAAAAUCACAGUCUACUUGAACAUAACAAUACCCAAUCAUGAGGCAUCAAAGCCAAAGGAACUGAAUAAUAUUAAGAAAUGCUAUAGAUGGAAGGAAAGUAGUGUGGAAACCUACCAAAAAACUAUUAGGCAACAACAAAUUAAAAUCCCUUUUAGACAACUUCCUGGACGUUUUACUGUAAUAGUGAAGGUGUAAACUUCGCAGUAGAAAACCUAAACAGUAUAUUUGACCUCUCAGCUUCCCUAUCAAAUAAAAAAAUGUCAUACAGAAAAUGAACAACAAUGACAAAUGGUUUGAUGAAGACUGCAAAAACCUAAGAAAGAAAUUGAGAAACCUAUCCAACCAAAACCCAGAAAACCUGAGCCUACGCCUUCACUAUGGUGAAUCACUAAAACAAUAGAGAAAUACACUACGGAAAAAGGAAUAGCACGUCAGAAAUCAGCUCAAUGUAAUUGAAGAAUCCAUAGACUCUAACCACUUCUGGGGAAAUUGGAAAACACUAAACAAACAACAACACGAAGAGCUAUCUAUCCAAAACGGAGAUGUAUGGGUAAACCACUUCUCCAAUCUUUUUGGCCCUAUUUAUUUUAUAUUUUACCUUUAUUUAACUAGGCAAGUCAGUUAAGAACAAAUUCUUAUUUACAAUGACGGCCUACACCGACCAAACCCGGACGAUGCUGGGCCAAUUGUGCGCCGCCCUAUGGGACUCCCAAUCACGGCCGGUUGUGAUACAGCCUAGAAUCGAACCAGGGGGUCUGUAGUGACGCCUCAAGCACUGAGAUGCAGUGCCUUAGACCGCUGCGCCACUCGGGAGCCCGAGUUUUACCACUCGGGAGCCCGAGUUUUACCUGAAUAGAACUAGCCUAAGCUACCGCCGGAGACACAACUCAUGGAACAAACAGCAAAAACAUAUACAUGAUCAAAUACAAAUCUUAGAAUCAACUAUUAAAGACUACCAGAACCCACUAGAUUCUCCAAUUACAUGUCGGCUCGGGGAUUAGAACCAGCGACCUUUCGGUUACUGGCACAACGCUCUUAACCACUAAGCUACCUGCCGCCCCAAAACCAAAACAAAGGCAAAGUCUUCUCAUGCUUUGUUGAUUUAAAAAAAGCUUUUGACUCAAUUUGGCAUGAGGGUCUGCUAUAUAAAUUGAUGGAAAGCGGUGUUGGGGGGAAAAACAUAUGACAUUAUAAAAUCCAUGUACACAAACAACAAGUGUGCGGUAAAAUUUGGUGAAAAACACACACAUUUCUUUCCACAGGUCCGUGGGGUGAGACAGGGAUGCAGCUUAAGCCCCACCCUCUUCAACAUAUAUAUCAAUGAAUUGGUGAGGGCACUAGAACAGUCUGCAGCACCCGGCCUCACCCUACUAGAUACUGAAGUCAAAUGUCUACUGUUUGCUGAUGAUCUGGUGCUUCUGUCCCCAACCAAGGAGGGCCUACAGCAGCACCUAGAUCUUCUGCAUAAAUUCUGUCAGACCUGGGCCCUGACAGUAAAUCUCAGUAAGACAGAAAUAAUGGUGUUCCAAAAAAGGUCCAGUUGCCAGAACCACAAAUACAAAUUCCAUCUAGACACAGUUGCCCUAGAGCACACAAAAAACGAUACAUACCUCGGCCUAAACAUCAGCGCCACAGGUAACUUCCACAAAGCUGUGAACGAUCUGAGAGAAAAGGCAAGAAGGGCCUUCUACGCUAUCAAAAGGAACAUAACAUUUACUUGAAAAUCAGUUAUAGAACAAAUACUUGAAUCAGUUAUAGAACCCAUUGCCCUUUAUGGUUGUGAGGUCUGGGGUCCGCUCACCAACCAAGAAUUCACAAAAUGGGACAAACACUCUGCAUGCAGAAUUCUGCAAAAAUAUCCUCUGUGUACAACGUAAAACACUAAAUAAUGCAUGCAGAGCAGAAUUAGGCCGAUACCCGCUAAUUAUCAAAAUCCAGAAAAGAGCCGUUCAAUUCUAUAACCACUUAAAAGGAAGUGAUUCCCAAACCUUCCAUAAUGAAGCCAUCACCUACAGAGAGAUGAACUUGGAGAAGAGUCCCCUAAGUAAGCUGGUCCUGGGGCUCUGUUCACAAACACAAACAGACCCCACAGAGCCCCAGGACAACAACACAAUUAGACCCAACCAAAUCAUGAGAAAAAAAAAGAUAAUUGCUUGACACAUUGGGAAGAAUUAACAAAAAAAACAGAGCAAACUAGAAUGCUAUUUGGCCCUAAACAGAGAGUACACAGUGGCAGAAUACCUGACCACUGUGACUGACCCAAACUAAAGGAAGCUUUGACUAUGUACAGACUCAGUGAGCAUAGCCUUGCUAUUGAGAAAGGCUGCCAUAGGCAGACCUGGCUCGCAAGAGAAGACAGGCUAUGUGCACACUGCCCACAAAGUGAGAUGGAAACUGAGCAGCACUUCCUGCCAAAUGUAUGACCAUAUUAAAGACACAUAUUUCCCUCAGAUUACAGCGAUCCACAAAGAAUUAGAAAACAAACCCAAUUUUGAUAAACUCCCUUAUCUACUGGGUGAAAAACCACAGUGUGCAAUCACAGCAGCAAGAUUUGUGACCUGUUGCCACAAGAAAAGGGCAACCAGUGAAGAACAAACACCAUUGUAAAUACAACCCAUAUUUAUGUUUAUUUAUUUUCCCUUUUGUACUUUAACUAUUUUGGAACUUUUGUGAGUGUAAUGUUUACUGUUAAUAUUUAUUGUUUAUUUCACUUUGGUUUAUUAUCUACUUCACUUGCUUUGGCAAUGUUAACAUAUGAUUCCCAUGCCAAUAGAGAGAGAGAGAGAGAGAGACUCAUACUCAUGUAUCUUUCUCCUCCCAUCCUCUUCCUCUCCAGGUAUACGACCCGACAUCUAAACGACGACAGCACCUCCAAACAAAUCAGGGCUCUUCUCCAAUGAGAGUGGGAGGAGCAGAGAGAGAGAGAGAGAGGGAAGGAAGGAGAGAGAGCGCACAUGGAGGGAGAUGAAGAAGAACGAGUGACUGUGGUGGCUGAAUCCCGUUUGUUUACAAGAAUGCAAAGCAAAAUGAUCAGGUCUGAUGAUGUGAGGAAAAUAACAAGUCUGUCUCAUUUUGUAAAAAAUAAAAAUGAAGGAAGAGAAUCUAUAGAGAUAUAUAUGAAAGAGAAAACUAGCGAAACACAAUAAAACGAAACAAGUGCUACCAGAUGGAAAUAUGACUAAAGAAGAAGAUCAAGGAGGAAAAAGCUCAAUUAGAAAAAAUCUACGGUCAGGAAACAAAACUGGAACAAAAACAAAACUGAAAAAUAAACACAAAAAGUUCUGUGCAACAACGUUAGUCUGAAAAAUAUUUGUUGCACUUGCGUAGAAUAUAAACAGCGCUAUCUGUCAGUCUCCAAGUACUUCAGCUCUUUCACAUCAAUGCAGAUUAAGGAAAAGGGGAUAAAGGAGACAUGGAGGGGAACAUAUUUUAGUGUAUUGACAUGCGCCCAGACACUCCAUUUAGAUUCUAACGCUGUUUCCUCAUCAUACACCCCCCACCCCACCCACUUGCAUCGUAACCAUGGGAACUGUGGGUGUUCUUGGCACUAGUAUGCAAUGCUAUGCCGUAAAUGGAGUUUUUGAAGAAUUAUGGUGAUUCAGACCUCUUUAUGGUGCUAAAAUAUUUUAAAUUAUCCACGUAAAAGCGUACACAACGUUUCAUACACCUAGUGCCAAAGCUAUUGAAUCAUCAGCAGGUGAGGAUUGGGUUACAAGCAGGUGAGGAUUGGGUUAAGGAGACACUGACUGCUAGCCU